CCCGCGAACACCGCUGUCCCCCUGAGCGAAGCCUUGCUUACAUUGUAUCCAUUGUAUUGUUUUGCAGGCAUUUUCUUACAUCUUUCAGAACGUUAGAUCGCAAGGUGCAAAGCAUGGGGGACGAACAGGAGAUCAUGUGCAAAUUGGAGAGCAUUAAAGAGAUCAGGAACAAGACUCUUCAGAUGGAGAAGAUAAAGGCUCGGUUGAAGGCAGAGUUUGAGACUUUAGAGUCUGAAGAACGGCAUCUGAAAGAGUACAAGCAAGAAAUGGACCUCCUCCUUCAGGAGAAGAUGGCCCACGUGGAGGAGCUGAGAUUGAUUCAUGCUGAUAUUAAUGUGAUGGAAAACACAAUCAAACAGUCCGAGAAUGACCUCAAUAAGCUGCUGGAGUCCACACGGAGGCUGCAUGAGGAGUACAAACCCUUGAAGGAGCAUGUGGAUGCCUUGAGGAUGACGCUAGGCUUGCAGAGGCUGCCGGACCUGUGUGAGGAGGAGGAGAAGUUAUCACUUGAGCGUGUCUUGUUAUUUGGUUCCAGUUACUUUGAAAAACAGAAGGCAGAAUGGCAGACAGAACCUCAAGAACCACCAAUCCCAGAAUCCCUUGCUGCAGCUGCAGCAGCUGCACAACAGCUACAAGUAGCCAGAAAGCAGGAUACCCGACAGACAGCUACGUUCCGCCAGCAGCCGCCUCCUAUGAAGGCUUGCUUGUCUUGUCAUCAGCAGAUUCACCGCAAUGCACCCAUCUGCCCACUUUGCAAAGCAAAGAGUCGGUCUCGAAAUCCAAAGAAGCCAAAGCGGAAGCAGGAUGAAUAGAUGCCCCUUUUGCCCUCUCUAAUACUGAUUUACCCCAUUACGUCCCUGACACUUUCUUGUAACAAUGUAACCGUGGUUGCCCUGAAAUCCGUGCAGUCUUGAACUGGAUUUGUGUUGUUUUUCUAUUUAACGUGUUGUAAGCACAACAGGGCCUGUCUCAUUACAGCGGCAUCAUUGCAGUGACAAAAAAAACAAAAAAACGAGUUUGGCAAUGCCAAUGUUUUAAGCAGCUCAGGCUGCGAAUCUGCCGUAAUUGUACAUUCCCCCGUGAUUGACGUGCAUUUUCCUUUAAAAAUAGACGUUGUUUUGGUGCUAUUCUUACAUUCUGACCUUUGAACAUGGUCAAAAUAUAAUGAUAUUGAAUGAAAUAGAGAAAUUGAAGAGUUAUCCCUGUGGUUUUUAAUGCGGCAAAUCCAUGGCCUGCCCUUGUAGACAAAAUGGAUCAAUAUAAUAAAAAGUAAACAUGCAUAGAACAUUGUUAAUUGACUUUGUUAAUUCCUAUGUUGAGGGAGCUCUGUUAGUGUUAGUUAAACAUCUGUUCAUUGCUAAGACUUUUGUUCUUAUCUGCAAAAUGUUAUAUUAAAGAGAUGCUCACAUUUGUUUUAA